CUACCCACCACCUGGAUACCAACAGCUCAAAGGUGCCUUUCUCGACCCUUUUCCCCAUUCCGAAUGAACCUCUAAUCUCGUCCAUUUCCUUUCGAUCCCGCCCCUCUUCAUGCCCUUCACGCUGACGUAGAGACAUAGCAAUCCGCAGCACAGUCCACUCCUUCCCUCACUCUCACCGCACGAUCGACGAUCAUGGAUUCCCCUCUUCCUUCAUCUUCGUCUUCUUCAGGUCAAGCAUCCCCUGCUUCGCGAUCAAGACGCAAGCUCCGCGUAGCAAUAGUAGGUUCCGGCCUGACAGGCCUACACGCGGCACACGCCCUGGCCACGACCUCCUCCCCAAGCCUGGACAUCGAAGUGCACCUCUUCGAGCGAGCGAGCAAGAUCGGCCUCGAUUCAAACAGUAUCGAUGUACCUGCGGGUAGCUCAGAUGAUUCAAAGGGAGAGACGAUGCGCAUCGACGUCCCCAUGCGAAGCAUUAAUGCGGGAUACUACCCAAAGGUGGCAGCUCUUUAUCGCAAGCUGGGCGUUCCGUUACGAAAGUCGGACUUCACGUACUCGUUUGCCACGGAGGCCACGGGGCUGGCGAAGGCAGCUGCUGUGGCACAGAAGGCCUCAACGACCGAUGUCAAGCUCCCGGCGUCUAGCGUGUCACGCGUCCCCUGCCCUUCGCUGCUGUACGAAGGCUCCUCUGGCAUCCGAGGAUUCAGCCUCCCUUCUUCUCUCAAGCGGCGUCCGUCGUCAUCCAGCUCACUCAAGGACAAAAGAAGCGCUCAAGCGUUCGUACACGACCUCUCCAUCCGUUUCGAGGCGUCGCGCGUCUACCUUUCCUCCAUGGCACUCUUCGCGCUGGGCUACUUCUACCUCCUCAUCGUCUCCCUCUGGCACCACUACGCGGGGCAUACACGCAAUCCUUCCCACCCGAUAGCCCGUCAGACUCUUCAGGAUUACUUCAGCGCUUCUCCUUCCAGCACCGGAGGCAUCGAAUCUCUCUUCGUCCCCUCACGUCCGACGCUGCAACACUUUCUCCACUCCAUCCUCGUACCACUAUUCAGCGCAAUGAUGACCGUCCAAGCAUCAUCGGUCUUGCAGGCCCCAGUGGCGGAUAUCAUGGACUAUGUGGCCCUGACCUUCGGCCGCAGCCACUUGACGGCGGCCGCUGGUGUGCUCGAGGUUGAGCGAAGAAUUAGUGCGCCGCUGGAAGAGGGAAAUGUGCAUGUUGAUUGCUUGGUGCAGAGACUGGCGCGCAAAGGCGGCGAGGGGAGAUUAUGUAUCGAGGUGAUCGAGGGGCAGAACGGUUCGCAGAGGGCGUACGAAGGUUUCGACCAUGUGAUUCUGGCUACGCAGGCCAAUCAGAGUGCGGGCUUCGUCGAGUCGCUUUGUGACGGCGACAGCAAUGGCGAAGGUGACGAUGGGCUACGUGAGAUGCUCGACAGACUACGAUGCUUCACUUACGAGGACAGCCAGGUUGUCAACCACACGGAUCGCUCCCUGCUAUCGGAGAGGGAGGACGAUUGGAGGGACCUUAAUCUCGUGAGCCCAGCGGCUGGGGCGGUGGUGACGGGUAGAAGCGAGAAGGUCAAUUCGACCUCAUCAUCGCCGACAAGUCGCUCCUCCUCACCUUACUCGCCGUCGACGCUGCAAGCAAACACCCACACUAUGGCCUCCCAUCUGCUGCUACGCCGACUUUGCCCUUCUACUGGCGAGGACCAAAAGGAGGAAGUCCUCAUUCAGACCACCAAUCCUCUGUCUCAUCUCAGCCCGCACCCGUCGACCAUUCUCUCCUCUUCGCACUUCGAACGCGCAGUACUGACCAUGUCAGGCAAGGAGGCACAAAGAGGGUUAUUUGAGUGGAGACGGCGAAGCUCUGGCAGGCUACUCGGUGGGUGGAAUGGCUGGGAGCUCGAGCUUGGUGAGCUCCAGGGGAAGGUCAGGGUGUGGGUCUGCGGAUCUUGGAGUCCGGGCAUCCCGCUGCUGGAGGGAUGUGUUGUUUCGAGUGGGUUGGUCGUGAGGGAGUUGGUGCGUGCUGAGGAGGAGAGGGCCGAGAAGGAUGCGAGACGAGUAGAAUAGAUGCUUGCCAACUUCUACACAAAUGUCACAUGCACGACUCGUUUGUCAUAUCCUGG